GAGCGGCCUCGCCAUCCCCCGCUCCGAGCCGGCGGUGACGUUAAAAGGGUAGCAUGAAGUGGGGGAGAGGUGCUGACUCCCUCGAGGGCGGACGCGCCCCGCGCAGACCUGGGCUAGUCGGAGGGCUGGGCAGUCGCCAACUGGGUGAAGUUUUACAAGGUCAAGUGCUGGUCUGCGCCUGGGAGAGGAUAACUCUGGACAAAUGGAAAAGCUGAUUGCUUGUGUGCAAAAAAGGCCAGAUGCUAUUUGUAGACUGAUUUGCUUUCCAUGGGCUGGAGCUGGAACUGCACAUCUUGCUAAAUGGGGCAGACUCUUCAACGAUGCAAUUGAAGUGUACUGUAUAAGGCUUCCUGGAAGAGAAACUCGUCUUGAGGAGCCUUUUGCAAAAGACAUGACAAGUGCAGUUAAUGAAAUUACAAGUGUUUUGUUAAAAGCAUUGAAAGAAAAACCAUUUGCAUUUUUUGGUCACAGUUUUGGAACUUAUUUGAGUUUUGCCUGUGCACUUCAGCUGAAAGAAAAGUACGGACUGGAGCCAGUCCAUCUUUUCAUGUCAGCAGCACAUGCCCCAAAUUCUGCAGCACAUCUUGCCAUCAAGAGCAUGGUCCUACCUGAUGGAAACAAUGACCUUCUUGCAAUCAUGAAGAUUCUAGGAGGAAAUUUUGAAUAUCCACCUGAUGAAGACAGUUGGAGUGAUAUGGUGCUUACUUUCAGAGAAGAUGUUAGAAUUCUUCAGACGUCUUCAUUUGAGAAGACAGACAUGAAUACCCCCUUCUCCUGUGAUAUAACCUACUUUAGUGGGUCUGAUGAUAAAAUAUUUGAUACAAAAGGUUGGCAAGAACUAACGAGUGGAGAUACUUCAUUUUAUGAGCUUCCUGGAGGUCACCUUUAUCUGCUGAAACCAUCUAAUGAAAGCUUCUUGAUAAAACACAUCACAAGAACCAUAGAAAAUGCCAAUCAAUGAGUAUUUUCUUCAAUUUUAAUAGCAGGAUGUAUAAGAUUAGUCCACAGCAACUUGUAAUAAGCCACUUCUCUCUCUACAUUGCAUGCAGUUAUGCCUCAAAGUUGUUCUGUUCCUCUGUAAUCCUUUAUAAGGGGAGUUUUCCUGAUUUUUUGAAAACAAACAUUGGCUUUGAGUCUUAAAAAAGGUUUCAUCUUUUCCUUCUUCUCUUGCACAUGUACAAACUCUUCACUUUAUUCCAUAACCUUGUUUGCAACAAAAUUACGUCUAUGUUAUUUUACUGUUAGAGCUUCUCUGUUUGUCUGCUCCUGUCAAAAUGCUAAAUAUAAUUUAAUACCCAAAAAAAUCCAUAAUUCUCACAGAAAGCUUAAUUUAUUCAGUUCAAAUUUAUUUAGAUUAAUAUACAAGCUAAAAAUAGAUUAUAUAUGUAAA